CGACAGUCUAAGUUGGCCAUCAUGUCGCUCGUGUAUUUGCCUGAGAACGCGUGGUCCUUACGCUACGGUGCGCGCUGCAAGGAUGAUUCUCUUGACGCCACAAUGUUAUUGACGUGUUGCUGCGUAUUCAUAGGCCCAGACUACUUCACUGUGGCCAUUAUCAAGUACUUAGUGAAGGAGGACGAGUACGCACUAUACGAGCUCCAGAUCCAGAACGGACGACGCAAUUGGAAGGUACUGCGUCGCUUCAGCGAGUUCGACGGGCUACAGUCGAGUGUGCGCUUCAAAGCUGGCGACCGACUGCCUGAACUGCCACCAAAGACCUAUUGCUGCAGGGACCUGAACCCGGACUUUCUGGCCAGACGCAAGGAGUUGCUGCAGGCUUUCUUGCAUCACUUGCUACAGAUCCCGGGUAUUGCUGACGAUGACCACGUACGUGAGUUCCUAGGCCUCAAACUGUCCACGGAGCUCUACGUUUAAGCUAAGAUUUACACUAGUAGAUUAGUAACUUACGCCAUACUUUUCAUCACAAAAAGUGUGUGCGCCUACAGCAACGAGGAGCUGGUGAAGCGCACUGGUGCUAUAUUCAAUAACUAAUUACACGCCUGAUACCGAGACCGGAUAGCGCUUAUACGAAGCGAAAGCUAUUAAGCUUUGAACUUCUGGUGUUUCUUGGCUUUCUUCCUCUUGC